UCUAUGUUAAAGAUAAAAUUGUACUCUCCAAGUCCAGUGUUCAUUGCCAUAGAAGACCUGCUCUGUAUUGUCGACUGCAUUUAUUUCACCAAAUUACAGUAAUAUUUAUUUGGUUUAUGAAAAAUAGUUAUGGCAGAAGUCAUGGAACUAAGAGAACGGCUUUUGUCAUCUGGUAUAAGCAUCACACACAUGAAAAUUGGUGAAAAAACAAUGAAGCGAUAUUUGAAAGCCCACCACACAGUAGAUGCUGCAUAUGAGAAAAUCAUGGCAACCAAUUCUUGGAGGGGAGAGUUUGGUGUAGCAAGUAUCACUGCAGACAUACCAGGUGUAAAGAGGGCAAGUGAAUCAAAAGUUUCUGUUAUAUUAAAUGAACGAGAUAAAAAAGGACGACCUGUGGUGUAUGUUGCAGUACGAAAUCAUAGUAUACACAGGAGGAAUGUAGAUGACAUGAUUCAGCUCAUAGUCUACACACUGGAGACAGCUACCAGCAAGUGUAUAGAAGAUGGACUGGACAACAUCUGCCUUGUAUUUGACAUGAAAGACUUCAGCAUGAUGUGUAUGGAUUACACUGUUUUGAAAAAUCUUUUCACAAUUAUGACUGACCACUACCCAGAACGACUUGGAGUUUGUGUCAUCUUAAGUGCUCCGUUUAUCUUCUCUGCUUGCUGGAUUAUCAUCCGAUCAUGGACUUGGGAGACAGCUCAGCUGAGAUCCCACACUCCGCUGACACCCCCUUCCCCAUUCCCUUGCUCAGCAUACUAAGUCUCAUGUUUUUUACCCUAUAAUAAUUGUUUUGUUUAUUUUUUGCAUAUUGUAUAUGUAAGAGUGUGUGUGUGUGCAUGUAACAUAGUAAAAUAAAUUGAGGACUAUUUUGUAUAUUUACCCAAAAUUACGAGUUGAAAAAUAACCAUAACAUAGGUCGCAGCAUGGUCUUGUAGGGAUGUUGCUACAGUGAUGAGUCAAACUUGACAACAAUGCCAUCAGCGAUGUUUACAAAUGCACACAAGAGGAAAAUUAUCUGUAACUCCUUAUUUGUAUCAGGUUUUGUAGACCUAAAGCAGCAUAUAUAGUACUGGAAUUGAGGUUGUGCUCUUCAUGUAGCAACAUAAAGAAACAGGGUUGGCAAAAACCUUUUUUUAUUUUUAAUGUUAUUAUGUUGGUUUUAAUAGGUCAAGUAUUUUUCAUUGCUAAAAAAACACAAGGGAUACAUUUGUUUUGCUUUAUAUUUUUCCAAUUAAUUAUAAUUUUUUGAAGGACUUAUGAUUUGUUCAUUUAUAAAUGAGAUAAUUUACCCGUCUUAAAAUAAAUUUUGUCAUGCAACAUACAAAAUUAUUUAAAUAGUACACUGUAUCUGUUUAUAAAAAAUUACUAUUACAUGUUAAAAGAAAGGUGACAGACCAGACUUAAGAGAAAAAUACAGUAACACUAGAUUACCAAAGAGGGCUAAAACAAUGGCAGUUGUGACAAACAGCAGUAGGAGCUGAACAUAUUUGACAAAGCAGGAGGUAAGACUGGUAGGAAUAUUAAUAUACUUGGGAAUUCUUUUUUUGUCUGGGUACAUCACUUUAAGAUGUAGAGUUAAUAAGUUAAUCAUACAGGUGUAUCCCGAAAACUGACGUCACGUUAACUGCCGCUUCACAUAAUCAACAAUUACAUAUUGGGGAAAUACCCUGUAAGUUUCAUUGACCCCCCUCCCACCCCCUCAGAUCUACGGUAGGGAGAGGAAGAGCUGUUUUGAAUUUGGCAGGCGGUGGCAUGGUGCAAAUUUUUCCCAUGAGAGGGCUCUGCGCAUUGCUCUGACUCAUUCCCGCCAUCUUUGCUCUUAUUUACACUUAAUGUGUGCUUCUGGCUUUGUGUUUUUUCAUUAUUUCCAACUUAGUGUGUUACACAAUCAUGCCUAAAUGCCCCAGUGAUAGUUCUCUUGUGCUGGGCAGCUUAAUGUGAUGUGAUAAGACAUAAUAAGGCAUAAUAAGAGUGGUGAAUGGUGAUGGACCAGCAAAGAUUGGUAGAGACUUGAAUUUGCCACCCUAGACUGUCUCUACCAUCCUCAGCACAGAUAAAUAAUAGUCUCAACUUAUACUUUACAUUGCUUAUUUAAUGGUUAUUAUGUUUGCUUUAUUUUCUUGCUUGACAGUGUGCACAACAGAGAUAUAUCAAGGGUACAUAGGAAUUUUUGGAGAGUAGUCAGUCCCUAAUCUCCUGUAUUUAUUAUAUUUUUAUGGGAUUGAUUGGUUCACUAACCAAUGACUUUUCCUGGUCCCUAUAUGCGUCAGUUAUCGGGGUACACCUGUAUUAUGAAGUAGGUUGUAUCCAUAUGCUUGGUCAUGUAAAAACUUGAACUGUACUCGAAUAUUUACAGUACUGUACAGUACAGUAGAACGUCUAUAUAACACGAGAUAGUUCCAAGAGAGGUCGCUUUAAACUGAAUUCGCACUAA